UCUUCAAAUCUUUGCUUCCAAAUGGCCAUAGAAACAAGUUUUAUACCAACUCUCAUUCUCUCUUCUCACUAAAAUCCCUAAAAUUGGGUCUUGGAGUAUAUAGGUAAUCAUGUUGUUAGAGAAGAUGGAUCAUGUUAGCAGUCUACCAGACGGUGUUCUUUGUUAUAUAUUGUCCUUCCUUACCACAAAGGAAGCUGCUUUGACUUCGAUUCUCUGUAAGAGAUGGCGCAAUCUGCUUUCGUUUGUCCCUAAUCUUGAUAUUGAUGACUCUGUCUUUCUCCGUCCCGAAGAGGGUAAGGAGGAUAGGUACGAUAUUCAACAGAGCUUCAUGGAAUUUGUUGAUAGAGUGUUGGCAUUGCAGGGUAAUUCUCCCAUUAAGAAAUUCUCCCUCAAGUUUAGAAAUGGCUUUGAUUCUUCACACAGAUUUGAUGGUUGGAUAAGUAAUGCCUUGGCUCGUGGUGUUUCCGAACUUGAUUUGCUAAUCAUUUUGUAUAGAAGAGAUUACUUUCUGCUCUCUUCAAAAUGUUUCAAGAGCAGGAAUCUGGUUACGUUGAAGCUGAACAGUGUUUGUGUUGAUUGGUUAGCUGCUGGGGACGUAUUCUUACCAAUGCUUAAAACUCUAGUUCUUCACUCGGUUAGGUUAUGUGUUGAUAAGUUUUUUUUUCGUGCUUUGCCUGCGCUUGAGGAAUUAGUCUUGUUUGCUGUUAGCUGGGGAGAUAAGGAUGUCACUGUGUCAAAUGCAAGCCUCAAGACCCUGACAAUAAAUUUCAACUAUUGUUUAGGCACUUUUUCGCUUGAUACACCUAGUCUUGUUUACUUCUGUUUCUCUGAAUAUGUUGCUAUAGACUACCCCGUAGUUAUAAUGCAAAACUUAUUUGAGGCUAGAAUCAGCCUUUUGGUAACUGAAGAGCAAAUUGAGCGAGCAAGAGCGGCAAAUAUCGAUUGGGUGGAGGAUGAUGAUGACGAUGCUGUUCUCCGAUUAGUUAAUGUGGAGAAGCUCAUGAAAGGCAUAAGAAAUGUUCAGUAUAUGAACUUGUCGCCGAAUACUCUCGAGGUACUUUCUCUGUGUUGUGAAUCGAUGCCAGUGUUCAACAACCUCAAAUCGUUAACUCUUAAGAGUCACAAGAGUCGAGGAUGGCAAGCAAUGCCAGUUCUUCUAAGGAACUGUCCACAUCUAGAAACUCUAGUCCUUGAGGGUCUCUUGCACCAUGUCACAGAUAAAUGCGGGUAUGCUUGUGACUGUGUUUCCCAAGAAGACAAAGGUCAUUCUCUCACUUCUUGUCCAGUAAAAGUGUUAGAGGUUAAAGGGUUUCGAACAAUAAAAGAGAUGCACAUGAUAAAGCAUUUCAUGAACUAUUUUCCUUGUUUGAAGGAGACAAAUAUUUAUAUUGAAGAGAAUGGUUCUAGACAGCUCAGAGUCCCUCAAGUGUCUGAAGUUAUCGCGGAGAUGAUGGAACACUACGAAAAAUCAUCCAGUGUCCAGCUCCUAGUUGGUGGUUCCUUUUAUAAGAAGUGGACUGCACAAAGUGGACUGCACAAUGAAGUCUCUAAAGAUUAAAAGUUUCUCAUAGUUAUGCCAAAGUCUCCUUGAAACUGUUUCAAACUAAACCAAUCGGGAAACUGUAGUUUCUUUUCUUCUUCUUCUUUUUCGAAUGUUUACAGUCAUUUCUGUUGAUCGCCA